AUGGUAGAUGAAAAAUAUAAAUUGGUGUCCGAAUCUUUAAAAAAUGAGUUACAUGAUGUAUCUUAUUCAGUGUUAACAUCUGAUAUUUGGACAUCAGACAGUAAUAAAAGCUUUAUAAGUCUGACUGCACAUUACAUAUAUCAAUAUAAAUCGAAUUCUGUAGUUAUUUCGACUUCAGAAGUACAACUACAUCACACGGCUGAGAAUAUUGCAUUGGCUAUACAAGAUGUAAUGGACCAGUGGGAAAUAAGCUCAGAAGUAGUAACUAUUGUCACAGAUAAUGCUGCAGCUAUGAAAAAAGCUGUAAAUGAAUGUUUGAAUAAGCGAAAUCAUUUUUGUGUUGCUCACACUCUUAAUCUCGCGGUUAAAGACUGUUUAGAGAAAGAAACUUUUGAUUUAGCAGGAAACACUUCUAACUAA